GGAAGGUCAGCAUCGUUACCUAGCUUAGUCUCUCCCCUCUUACCUUCCUCUUCUUCCAUGAGCCGAGCUUCCCAUGUAUUAGUUGCGUCUCGUUUCGUUUCGUUUCGUUUUUAGAUAUCCAAAAUGUAAUCUUCCUAAUUCAACUAUAUACCCAUCUAUACAAUGUUUCUUCACCGUAGUUCUCACGCAAUUCGCCAUCAAUGGCGACUGUGCCGGGGUCUAAAUCGCACACCCGAGUUCCAAGUCCGCGCGGCCCUAAUAAGAAGUUUUCAUGCGAGCAGGAAUCUACAGGUCGUGAAGCCCGUCCUCCUUGCUGAUAUUGGCGAAGGCAUUGUGGAGUGCGAAAUCAUACAAUGGUUUGUCGAACCCAACGCCCGAGUCGAGGAGUUCUCACCCCUGUGCGAGGUCCAGAGCGAUAAAGCCUCGGUCGAGAUCACAAGUCGCUUCUCGGGCGUUGUGAAGAAGCUAUACUACGAGGCCGGCGAAAUGGCGAAAGUAGGCAAACCAUUCGUGGAUAUUGAUAUACAAGGCGGCGCGAGUCAGGAAGCCUUAGACGCUCUUACCACCCCUGAGCCCCCAAAAGAAGGAGCCUCGGAGCCGUUAAACAAGGAAUCAUUAAGCAAACCUCCUCAGAGCCAAGAUACUAUAGAUAAGGCAGUCGAGCCCAAGUCCCAGCCACCUCCAGUAAAGAAGGGGAAGUAUGCAUCUCUAGCAACUCCAGCGGUUCGACAUCGGUUAAAGGAACUAAAUAUUGAUAUAAUGGAAGUUGAGGGAACAGGGAAAGAUGGUAGAGUUCUAAAAGAAGAUAUCUAUAAAUUUGUUGAAAAGAGAGAUUCCCCUACGCAGCCAUCUCAACCAACAAGUUUAUUCCCGGGAAUACCCCCGGAGACGGAGAAACAAACCGAGACCGCUAUACAACUAACGAAUACGCAACAACAAAUGUUUAAAACUAUGACUCGGUCUUUAGCCAUACCGCACUUCCUCUACGCGGACGAGAUCGACUUCUCUCAGCUAGUUGAGUUACGCCGGCGGCUCAACAAGGUUGUAUCGGAAUCAGCAACCGACGGUCAGUUAUCGAAAUUAACCUACUUACCUUUUAUUGUAAAAGCGGUCUCUAUAGCGUUACAUCAGUAUCCCAUACUAAAUGCCCGCGUCGACGUGGACCCCGAGACCUCAAAACCGAGGCUGGUUCACCGCAGUCAGCACAAUAUCGGCGUCGCUAUGGAUACCCCCUCGGGGCUUAUAGUUCCCGUAAUCAAGAAUGCUGGAGCGAAGAGCAUCCUCUCCAUAGCUGCAGAGUUAUCACGUCUGCAAUCGCUAGCUGCUGCUGGCAAGCUUUCGCCGCAGGACUUGAGCGGAGGCACUAUUACCGUUUCCAACAUAGGCAACAUCGGCGGUACAUAUGUCUCCCCGGUCAUCGUGGAGAAGGAAGUGGCAAUUCUGGGCGUGGGACGCAUGCGAACCGUCCCGGCCUUCGAUGACCAGGACAAUGUCGUCAAGAAGCAGGUCUGCAACUUCAGCUGGUGCGCCGAUCAUCGUGUCGUGGACGGCGCAACGAUGGCGCGAGCCGCUGAGGUCGUGCGUAAGAUCGUAGAGGAGCCAGAUAUUAUGGUUCUGCAUCUGCGAUAGCAUAAGCAUGGAAUUUCUUCUUGAUGCCCAAACCAAAGACGGACACCGCGAGGGUGGAAUAGACGGGACGCUACCCGCGUAUCUAUAAGGUGAACCAGUGUUAGGCGCGGCGGGCUCUAGGAUAUGAUAUGAUAGUUUUUUGGAAGAUGAUAUGUCAUAUACGAUAGCCGGAGAUCAUAGUCGCAAGGCCAAUCACUCCAUAUAUAGCAUAUAGCAUACUUAUUCCCCCCCUAACCAUAGAUAUAGUAUUUCCGGAUUUGAUCCUCCUGUUUUCGAUAGCCUUAUUGCUUUUCUCC